AGCAUUUCAUACGUAAUUCAAACAAGAUGCCAUGAAAUACCAAUAAAGACAUAAUAUUUUAGCUAGCAAUAGCUGCUCAUCUCACCUUUAUAAUGUCUGGUCAUUACUUCCAUACAUGUCCUUUUUAGAGAUACCAAUUUUCGUUUCAAGCUACAUGGUCUUAAUUUAUUUCGGCCAUAUGCCAUGGUCUUAGUGUUUUGGGUAUCCUCACGGGGGAUGCCCAAAACACUAGUGAUUUAAGUACGGGGAUACCCAAAACACGGGGAUACCCAUAUCACUGUGACACCGACCAUGCCGACCCUGCGAGUUGCCCUUCUAUAUAUUCUCUAUUCUAUGGUGUCGUGAUGAUGAAGAUGCUCAGUGAAAGUAAAGACGGAUUUUGAGGUAACAUUGGAAGAAUGUAGGGAAAUAUUUGUCGUCGUUAAGACUUCAGUGAAAAUGUUUUCACAUGCUGCAAUGGUAAGGUUUUAUAACAAUACCAUUCCUGCUGUGCAUGUCAUUCCUGUUCAAGCUCAAAAUUUAUUUGCAAAUGGACCAAAUAACUGUGAAACAGUUUACAAACAAGGUUCUUGCUGAAAGAAAUGGAAUUAAAGUUGUUGAUCCUGAAGUUCAUCCUAAUAUUGAAAAUGGACUCAAUGAAAUGCCUGUGGUUGCACUGAAUUUAUCUGCUGAUGCUGCUGAGUUUUUUCCAAGAUCCCCAGCAUCCUCAUCUGAAGAGAAAUUGGUUUACAUGGUUCCACAACUCCAAGAAGAGCAGAAACUGCAGGCUCAGAUAUUACAGGAUUGCAUAAAUGAUCAAAAAGAAAGCGAGGCAAAAAAUGCUAGUCUGCAUAAAGAGAAAUCCAUGUUGCAGAAAGCAUUUAAAGCAGCGACAGAUGAAUUAAGAAAAUGUCAAGAAAGAAAUACUAUGCUGAGCAAGGAAGUCAACGGUUUGGCUGACAGACUUCUAGAAUCCGAACAAACAAAUGCCAGCGAUGAAGUAAUGAUGUCAUGCUCGUCUAAGGAAAUGAAAGACGUCAAUUCUGGAAAACAAAUGAUCAUAGAGGAGGAUUAUGAAACAAACGCUGAAGAAAAAACCUCUUCUUCAUCAAUUCCAAAGAAAAAUGAAACAGAAAGAGGAACCAUAAUGGAUAUAUUGGAUGAUGUAAUUUCUGACUCAAACAUUGAGAAUGAGUAUAGUAACUGGACUGUGGCGAAGAAAAAAUUAAAGGUUGUACAGCAUCGAUCCCACAUAAAGACGAGGAGAGAAAUGUUUUGAAAUCAAUCAAACAAAGUAAUAUUGGUAACAUGGCACGGACAAAGAUG